GGCCGGAGCCCCCUGUAAGCAGGGGUGCAGCCUCUUUGGCCACUGCUUUGCAGGCCCAGCUGCCUUUGCCCAGAGGGCCCGGCUCCCAGCAGCGGAUGGGACUGCAUUGCUGUGAAGCCGUGGGAGAAGAAAGAAGAGACAGGAGUGGAUCUUCGAGGCAAGAGCCAAGAAGAAGAAGAGCAGCAGCAGCGUCGAGCUCAAGAGGGAGCACGACAGAGGGCCCGGCUCCCAGCAGCGGAUGGGACUGCAUUGCUGUGAAGCCGUGGGAGAAGAAAGAAGAGACAGGAGUGGACCUUCGAGGCAAGAGCCAAGAAGAAGAUGAGCAGCAGCAGCAUCGAGCUCAAGAGUGGACCUUCGAGGCAAGAGCCAAGAAGAAGAAGAAGAGCAGCAGCAGCGUCGAGCUCAAGAGGGAGCACGACAGGGACCCUCUGGGCAAAGGCCCCUCCCUGGCACCCCCGGGGCAGGGAUCCGUAAGAGUCCGGCGGGCACCUUCAGGCUGCCCCGGCUGGCUUUGUGCUGGGCGACCUCCCUGUAACCAGGGCUGGGUCUUUGCUUUGCUUUGCUGGCCUUUGGCCAUGGUGCUCCUUUGGCUGCCUGGAGAGAGGGGCAACCCUGUAAGGAGGGUGAGAGCCCCAAUCUCCGCACCCGAGGGGAGAAACGGAGCUCUGCCGACCCCCGGCCCACCCUGUAAGCAGGGCAGGGCUUUUCCUGACCCUCAGCCCACCCUGUAAGCAGGGCAGGGCUUUUCC